CAGGAAGUGAGUUGCUGUUAUUUCUGCUACUUCCAGUUUUUUUACCCCCCCUCUCGGGUAGACAAAUAAUAUUUACACUUUUUCGGCUAAACCAUGUCUCAGGAUCCGUGGCUGCAGAAUUAUGAUGCCACCUGUCGCCUUGCCCAAGAGAUCGCAGAAAAUAUCCAUGAGAGGAACAAGCUGCAGAGAAAUGGCGGGAACCCCGCCAAGUUCAACAUGUCUCUUCGAGCUUCACUACAAAAGCUAAAGCAGCAGAUAGCCCAGCUAAGAGAGACUUUGCUCCGAGCUACAUCUUCCCGUCGCAUAAUGCAAUCAGAAUCGGACAGAAGGCAGAACCUUGUGGAUGAUCUUGUUACACGAGAAAAGCAGCUCAAUGCCACAUUCAGGGGUGAUGCCACAGAACCGGAGUCAUCAAGGUCGACCCUGAUGAUGGGGGCAGGGGAGCAGGGGGCCCCAGUGAACCCAUGGCUAAUCGAUGAGCCAGACGAGACCCGUGGCCUAGGCUUCGGAGAGAUCAAGCAGCAGCAGCAGCGCAUCAUUGAAGAACAGGAUGCGGGACUGGAUGUCCUGGCGGCUGUCAUCAGCAGACAGAAGCAGAUGGGUCAGGAGAUCGGCAAUGAACUGGACGAGCAGAAUGAAAUCAUCGAUGACCUCACGCACCUUGUGGACAAAACAGACAGCAGGAUUCGGAACGAGUCUCGGAGGGUUAAACUAGUGGAGACAAAGUCAUCCUCCUGUGGAAUGCUGGUGGUGAUUGUACUGCUCCUCAUCGCCAUCGUGGUGGUCGCCGUGUGGCCCACCAGCUAACGGGGGCGGCCCUGCCGGGAGAAGCGUUUCGAUGAGCACGUAUGGUGACGGUUCUUCUUACUGCAGAGGAGAUGCAGCGGAGAGGGGGGUCCUUCCCAGCUCUUUGUACUACUGGUCACUUCCACCCCUUAGCCCCUACCUCCACACACUCCUCCCCCCCUGCACUUUUUGUUCCUCCCAAUUGAAAUUUGAAUUACGACGGAAACUGCAGCUGGGUAAAUGAGUCCUUGUGGAAAACUAGCACCAGUGUUUCUCUGGAGUGGGGUGCGGGGUGUGAACUGGUGACCUCUGGGUUUCUAAGCACCUUUUCUUUCCAAAGUAUGGCUGCAUUCCAAUGUCAAGAUUGUAUUUAAUCCGGCGCUCUUCUCAUGCCAUGUGUUAGCCCAACACGUCUGUCAUUGGUGCAAAUCACAGGUCAGUGAUGAUGAUGAUGAUGAUGAUGAUGAUGAUGAUAAUACCACUAGCUUAACAAUAUUCACACAUAUUUACUCUACAUGCUUAUAUGUUGUUGUCUCUGCUGGAAUUUUCUAAUGUUUAUAUGAGAAACUGAGCCAGAACAAAAUAAUGAUACUGUCUGCUAACUUAACUGUUAUAAUUAUGUAAAUCAGAUAGGAUUAACAACUGCAGUUUCUAAUAAAUUACACUGGAAGAUAAUAAAUACCCUGGCGGUUGUGGUUUUACGUGCGUUUUUCUCAGUCUGCAAACCUAGAAAGGAUUAUGGCCAUAAUAGUUUAGAUUAUAUAAAUCCUUUUAUCCUCUGUGCAUUUUCUUGUUUAUCACCGCUUACAGUCCAUGUCAAAAUCGAGUUACAAAAGAGUGGCAGAAAAGUUGCAUUGUGUGAAACAUUUUAACAUGCUGCUUCGAGAAGGAUGUGUGCGUAGGGUGCACUUUUCACUUGUGUUAAGAACUGACAUUAUAAAUUUAAUUCCACAGACACAGAACCUGCUGUUUGUAUGGUGACAACACUGAUCACACUGGUCAGAGUGAACAGAUUUUUGAGUAUAUAAAUGUGUAGCCCGAUUUAGGAUAUAGAAAUGGUAACACUGUAAAUUA